AUCGCAAAGUUCCCAAGCGGAAGAGGGAUUCGAAGGAGAUGGCUGAACUUAGAUAGCUGUAUGUGUAAAAAUACUUUACCAUGGAUGUUUUCCUGAUAAAAGUGAAGAACAGAGGACAGCUGCUUAGCCUUGCUGUAGUCUUUCUGUGGUGUGCAGGCUCUGUGCGCUGUUUUGGACAGGACCUAGACAGCGAGUUUACAUUUCUGCUGCCAGCCGGAAGAUCCGAGUGUUUCUAUCAGGCAGCCAUAAAGAAUGGUACGAUGGAAGUCGAAUAUCAGGUGAUAGCAGGUGCUGGUAUGGAUGUAGACUUCACCAUUAUCUCCCCUGAAGGCAUCCGGCUUAUCUUGGAGUCUCGCCGCUCAGAUGGAGUCCACGUGGUGGAGCCUACAGUGGAGGGAGACUAUGAAAUCUGCUUUGACAACAGCUUCAGUCGUUUCUCAGAAAAGAUGGUGUUCUUUGAGAUCAUCAUCGAGGGACAAGGAGGAGAUGUGGGUGGAGAUGAAGAGUGGCCAGGGUUAGAGGAGCCUGAUGGAAGCCUGCUUGAAUACAAACUGGAUGACAUUAGGGACUCCAUGGAUUCCCUGCACAGACGCUUGGAGCGCAGCCGGCAGAUGCAGACUGUGUUGCGGGCUUUCGAGGCGCGAGAUCGAAACCUUCUGGAGGAUAAUCUCUGGAGGGUCUCAUUCUGGUCCUGUGCCAGCGUGCUGGUGAUGCUGUGUGUGGCCCUUACCCAGGUUUACACUGUGCGCAGACUAUUUGAUGAUAAACGAAGGGUCUACACAUAGAGGCAUCAUUUCGCAGGAAUAUGAGAUAGAUUCUCAGAGAGAACUGUUUGUGAGGAGUAAUUAAAUAUUGUUAGAUUAUGAGCAAGAGUUUGAAAAGUUGGUCAUUUAAUUUCUUUUAGUGCCUUAAAAGCCAGAUCUAGCCACGAAUCAAUGAGGAAAUGCAUGUUGUUAUACAGCUGCUAUGCUACACUUCUGAAACUGGUUAAAGGUCUUGGAAUUUUUGAAAGCCAACAUUACCAUCAGCAAAAGGUAUAAGGUCAACUAAGGUCGACUCCAUUAUGAUGGUUUACAGGGGGAAACAAUGUGCAAUAGUGUUGUUGGUGUUUGUUCUUGUGGUUUUGACAGUGUACAACUUUGCUAUUAAAUCAGUGAUUGAAGUGUUUCCUUGGUUAUAGCUUUGCUGAUGGUGUUUUCAUUUUGUUCUCAUUUGUUUUUUCAGAGGGUACUGAUUUCUUUUUAUGUGCCAGUAUAAAUCCAUCUUGUUUUUUUUUUUAAUUAAUAAUACAAAGUAAGAGGAACUCAAAGUGUGAUUGCAAAUAUUGUCAGUUUCCUUCCAGACAAAAAAAUAUAUAUAGCUAUAUGAUUGUCGGUUUUGGUGUGUUUGGACAACAUGAGCAUACUGGUUGUGUGUGUUUGUUUUUUUUUAUCUUUUAGACAAAAUGAGAUUUCUUUCAGAGAAUGGGAUUUUUCAACAGAAUAUAAUUCUCAUCAUUUUUGUCUUUUUUUUUUUUUUUUUUUUUACUAAAACUGUGUUUGUGAAUUCUGUAAGGUGUUGGAAAAAUUCAGGUUUUCAUGAGUCAUUGCUGAUAAUAAAGACAUUUUUUACCAUGA